AUGGAGCUGGGGGAUUCAAUAGCCACGCCGCUACCGCCGCCGACUGCCACGGAUGGGCGGGGGGGCAAGCCGGCCCUCCAGCACUACCCACACCCUUCUGAUGCAGCUGCGACCGCUGGUGUGGGAGUCCAGAGGUGCGAGUGGGGUCAAACGACGCAGCAGGUUCAGGGAGAGCGUCAGCAACAGUCACAAGAGUUCCCUCCCGCUGUGUUAGCUGUGUUAGCCCUGCAGCUGCAAGAGUGGGGCGAAACACAGCAGCAGCAGCCGCUGCAGGAAGCAUCCCCAACCCUCAGGCGCCGACAGUGGGGGCGGUGCGCCAGCGCGGCCACCCACUCGCUGGGCGGUGGUUGCUUGCGUGACGAUCAAGAAGCAGGACACGACCAGCCCCCCUUCGUGAUGAUGGGCAUGCUGGACGACAGCCGAGCGCUCAUGCUUCCGACGACAAGGGAAAGGCGGGAGGUAAUGCAGUCGCUUUCUUCGGCCUCAGUUCCUGUCACGUGGACCGACAGCACCGGUCAGUCGCGGACCGCGAUCUUGACCCGUACGGAAGCCAGGCCGAAGCCAUGCAACCCUUUUCCCAUGCUGGCCAACCUGCUGGCGUGGAUGCGAGAGCUUCCGCCAGGAGCCCUGCCCGAAAACAGGCUGCGCGUACGCCUGGAAACCCUGUUGGCGCCGCAGUCUCCGUCGAACAACAAGAACAACAACAACAACAACAGCACCCACGAUGGCAGGGCAUCCGGUGGCGGUGACGGCGAUGGGGACCUCUCCCGAGGGGCGGCUUGGUUGUUGGCGCACCUGAUGUUAACGGGGCCGUUCGAGCGUGAAAUUCCCAAUGGCAAGGCGAUGUCCGAAGGGGGGGGCAGCUUGUGCACCUACUCGGUAGAAGUUGCCGCCUUCGAGACGCACACGGGGAUAUGCGACAAGGCGGCGGACGAGCUCGUCCACGCCGGGUUCGCCCGGAAGGUAGAGUUCGGAGAGAUGCUCGCACUAGAUCAGAAGACGGGCCCCAUGGCGAGCGGGCUGUGCCCCCCCGACAUCCCUUCCCUCUUUUCUGGCCGGCAAACAUGGAGGAGUUCCACUAAGGCCGUUAGGGGGGGGGAUAAACGUUCGAGUUGCCGAGGUCGCAUGGGCGGGCUUGUGGGCGACCUGGGCUUGCGCGUCCUGCUCCUGCUGCAAGUGCUGAAGGGCGAGACCGCAGGUGAUCUGACAUCCCGACGCGAGUGGACCGGGCCCAUGGCUCAAGCAUUCGGGCUGUUGGGAGGAGCCGAAGCUACCUAUCACAAGCGCCGCAGAGACAGCAUUGGCGGGACUGUCAGCGCCGACUGGGUGGCAUCUCUGUGGAAGGAAGAACGGCUGCUUGAAGUGGCAUGCUUGCGGUUGAAGCAGGCCAUGAAAUGGGUCAGCAACUUGUCAAAGCCGUCGGUCCUUGUGGUUGUCCGCGGGCUUGCGGAAGGAUCGCACAAGGACGGAGAGCACGACGAGGCCGUGCUGACAUUCCGCCUGCUGGUUCGGCGCGACCAGGCGUACACGAGGCUGGCGACCAACCUCAAGACUCACCUCAAGCGGCCCCGAGAAGAGCAGCUAGACGUCGUCAAGGCCGCGUGUGACGACGACUGCGUUCGAGGAGGGGACAGGGUUGAUCUCUGGGAACGAUAUCAAAGCCUACACAAGCAGUUCGGUGGGUGCACUGGUACCCAACAAACCGCAUCGCUGAAGCGGCAACAGCGGAGCCCCCUUUGGGACCCCAAGGUUGAGGACAUCCACCCUCCCGUAGAGACGCAGAAACAGGGCAGCCAGGGGAUCCUCGGUGAAAAGGGGGGGCGAAAGCUCUACUACUACAUCGACGGUACUGUGCCGGUGCUUGGCUGGGACUGCACGGAAGAAGUGUUCGACAGCGGCGUGGAAGCUGCUGUGCCACACUGUAUUUUGAUCUCACCGCUGGACAUGAGCGAUAAAUUCUUCACAACCCGUAGGGAAGGCCUGCCGGGCCGCCUGGCAAUGAUUCGGCAGUACGCGGACCGGCAGCUCUUUUCAGACGUCGGCCAGCGCUACGAUAGGUGGGCGUUUGGCGACCACUCUCUUAUUGUUGCGAAAAUCCCCCAUGCUUUUUAUUGUUGUGGAGGCACAGCUCAGAUCGAGCUAGGAGACGGGCGCGAUUGGAACGCGACGACCCACUUCGGGCUCGGAUGGCAGGGCCACGGUCAAGUUUGGGAGGUGGAGGUUGUAGAGGUCAAGUCGAAGGGCGACACCAUCAGGAAGGAGCAGAAGGCCUGGCUGGCUGAGCUGGAGGACAUUGGCGUGCCCGCCAUGGUGUCUCGAGUAGUGGCCGAAAAUGAGGCCGUGCCCAAGAAGCGAAGCCGGUCGCAGUAG